AUGAUUCUGUCCUUCAAGCUGAUAAAUGGCGGUACUGCUGCUGGACUAAACUACGGCGUGUUUCGACGAAAAGAAGUUACUGACACACCACAACGUCUUCUAAUUUACGAUAUGGGAGCUGCGAAAACCGUGGCGACACUCGUGGAGUACAAAUUGGCAAAGCAGAAGUACGGCAAAGAACCAAAGAUGACUGUGUUGGGUGUUGGAUUCGAUCGCUUCCUGGGAGGUUUAGAGAUGACAAUGAGGUUGAGAGAUCUUCUGGUGCAAAAGUUCAGAGAGAACUACAAAUCGAAGGAGGACAUCACAGCGAGUCAAAGGGCAAUGGCCAAGUUGUUCAAGGAAGCUGAACGAUUAAAGCAGGUGCUGAGUGCCAAUGCUGACUAUUAUGCUCAAGUUGAGAGCGUUCAUGAAGAUAUAGACAUGCGUGUGCAAGUAACUCGUGAAGAAUUCAACAAGCUCAUUGAAGAUCUCAUGCCUCGCGUAGGCAAACCACUGCAUCAAGCUUUGGAAAUGGCUGAAUUACAACUGAAAUAA